AUGGAAUUCUUCCAGUCGAAUUUAGAGGCUUCUGUUGCCCCUGAAUUCGCAGUCCCCGCUGUUCCUGCCGGUGUGGAGCCCGAACAUAUUGCCCCAGAAGAUCAAACGCACCAGGCGCUGGGCCAAGGUCAGGGACAAGGACAGGGAAUUCCGCCCGAGCAGCCUUUGGAACAACCUCGCGAACAGGCUGCACCAGUCAUGGUCAAUAUCGAAGAGCCGGCUUCUGAUCACACCAGCGGCCGUGCCGCCAUCAACAAUGGCUACAAUAGCGACUCCAAGGCGCAUUACCACUCCCGAUCCCCCGACUUCCACCAGUCUGCCCCCGAAUAUGGCGCUCAAGACACUGAUCAGUCCCGCCAGAACUCAUCGCCAUCACUUAGCCACCGCCCCCUACCUGUUCCGCAUUCCAGGCCUGGAUCUGGACUCUCGAGUGGCCCGGAGCGUCCUGGUGUCUCUCAGUUGCAGCAACAAGACGCCGGACAGCGCCAAGCCGCCCAAGCCAAUAAGAACAGCGUGGUUAUCAAAGUCGGUAUGGUAGGAGAUGCACAGAUCGGAAAGACUAGUUUAAUGGUCAAAUAUGUUGAGGGGAGCUGGGAUGAGGAUUACAUCCAAACACUGGGCGUCAACUUCAUGGAAAAGACAAUCUCGAUUCGCAACACCGAAAUUACCUUCUCGAUUUGGGAUCUUGGUGGCCAGCGCGAGUUUGUUAAUAUGCUGCCACUCGUCUGUAAUGACGCAGUUGCAAUUCUGUUCAUGUUCGAUCUCACUCGCAAGAGCACAUUGAACUCAAUUAAAGAAUGGUAUCGCCAGGGACGUGGCUUCAAUAAGACAGCUAUUCCCUUCCUGGUAGGCACCAAAUAUGAUCACUUUGUCAACUUCCCCCGCGAAGACCAAGAGGAGAUUUCUAUUCAGGCCAAGCGAUUUGCCAAGGCGAUGAAGGCUAGCUUGAUAUUUAGUAGCACCAGCCACAGCAUCAAUGUGCAAAAGAUCUUUAAGAUUGUGCUAGCCAAGGCAUUCGAUCUGAAAUGUACCAUUCCAGAGAUCGAGAAUGUCGGCGAGCCUCUGCUCCUCUACAAGAACGUCUAA